AUGAACAACAAGUCCAGCCCGUCACCCCACGCCCUGUCGGCUCCUGCGUCAGGGAGCUAUCCCGACUGGAUCCUCCUCGACACCUUGGCGAGCGGCGCCAAGCACCGCUGGAGGAGCUUGUCUUCUUCCGCGCCAGCCUCGGCUUCCUCCGCAACCACCGCCACAGCCUCGGUGAAGCUAGAAAACGGCGCCGAGGCCGUCGUGGAGAUCUCCUUCCGGCUCUUCGAGCCGCCGGACGUCUCCUCUUUCUCCGUCCGGUGCGGCGGCGUGCGCGACGACGGCACGCCGUACCACGCCUGCGUCGUCGGCGCGGAGGGCAACGUCGUCCUCCUCUACAUCAUCCUUGACAGGUACGAGCCGGGGCUUUUCUUCGUGUACACGGCCAGCCACGGGAGCCCGUCGCUCGAUGUCCUGCCGCGCCCUUCGUGUUCCUUCAACCCCACCCAGUCAGUCGGGAUCCUGCCCCUUGCCGGCGGCCGCGGCUACCUCGUGGCCGCCUCCGCCUGCGCCCAGUUUCUGGAAGGCGUUUUUAAGUGCCAGCUCUUCCUCUACUCCUCCGAGACCAAAGCUUGGAGCACCAAGCUGGCGCCGGUGCUAGGUGACCGUGACACUGAUUGGGAGGCUGUCAGGGAUCACAGGACCGACAAGGUGAUUGUUGUCGGAGGUGAUUCCUUGGGCUGGGUUGAUCUUUGCAGGGUAUUCUAGUCUGCAAUCUGCUCAGCGAGGAGGAACCCGUUCUAAGUUUUAUUGACCUGCCUGAUCCUAUGCUUGGCAAUGAGGACGAUUUCGGGAUAACCUCGGCUCGGUCGAUCCGGGACGCCAUAUGCGUUGGCGAUCUCAUCAGGCUUGUCGAGGUAGAUUAUCAUCAGCAUGAAGAUGCUGUGACCUUGGGCAUUGCUGACACAGACGACUAUGGCUGGAAGGCAAAAAUUUGGACCCGGAUGCUCGCUUCCAGGGACUGGCAUGACAGCUUCGCGGUAGACACCGAUGAGAUCCCGGUCACCGCAGAAGUACGCUCGCAUUUGUUCCCCGAUCCGUGGGACGAGAAGCUGGAAGAGCAAUCACUAAACGACCUGAUCUAUUCUGCUCCCACCCUGAGUGUUGAGAAUGGUGUUCUUUACAUGAUGUCUAAGCUGGACUUCGAUCCAAUGAACCCUGUUGCAUGGCUGGCAGUUGUUGACAUGCGAAAGAAUUCACUGGAACUUGUCUCUAUUA